AUGGAGGAGAAGCAGCCCGUCCAUGCCACAGCAACGGGCACCGUCAAGCCCUUCGCCGAGAGCACGCCGCCCUUUGAGAACGUGGGCGACAUGAAGGAUGAGGGCACUGAGGAUGGCGAGAUCGUCGAGGAGGAUCUCUACAUCCCCCUGAAGAUGGACCCUGGUAUCCCCUACGAGCCAAAUCCGUUGACCAUCCGAGCCGUCGUCACGGGCAUCGUUCUCGGCUGCCUCGUUAGCGCCUCGAACCUCUAUCUCGGCCUCAAGACUGGCUUCACGUUCAGUGCCAAUAUGUUCGGCGCCAUCUUCGGCUAUGGUUUCCUGAAGCUUCUGGAGAAGGUCGGUGGCGAAACACCCAUCAUCGGCGGUCUCUUCGGCCCCCAGGAGAACUCGAUUAUCCAGGCUGCCGCCACCGGAGCUGGAGGUAUCAGCGGGAUCUUUGUCGCUGGCAUACCUGCCAUGUAUCAGCUCGGCGUCAUGGGCGAGGGUCGCACACCCAAGGAUGACAUCGGUGCAAUCUUUACCAUUACGCUAGUCUGCUCCUUUUUAGGGCUCUUCUACGUCACCCCGCUCCGCAAGUUCUUCAUCAUCCAGGUCGCUCGUGAGCUCAGACUCAUGUUCCCCACCCCCACCGCCGUCGGCCUGACCAUCCGGUCCAUGCAUGCGGGCGCCGCUGGCAGCAUCGAGGCCAUGAAGAAGCUCAAGUGCCUUGGAAUUUCAUUUUUCGGCGCCCUCAUUCACCGCGUCGUUUCCUACUACGCCGUUGGCAUCCUCUACGACUGGCACUUCUUCACGUGGAUCCAUAUCUGGAGUGGCCAUACUAGCUGGGCUAUGAACGUCGAGUCCUGGGGCUGGUUUUUUGAGUGGACCCCGGCCUUCAUUGGCUCGGGCAUUCUGAUCGGUCUCAACCCGGCCAUUUCCAUGUUUGCCGGCUCGGUUCUUGGCUGGGGUCUCAUUGGGCCUCUUCUGGUCCACUAUGGCGAGUGCAUCGGUAUCGACCUCUCGGAUGGUGACCCGGACUGGGACGGCUACUACUCCUUCUACUCCCUCAGCAAGCUAGGGCAGCGAACUCCCUCUCCUCGAUACUGGCUGCUGUGGCCUGGUGUUAUGGUCAUGGUGUGCGCCUCCAUGGCUGAGCUCGUUGUGCAGUACAAGGUCAUUGGAGUUGGGUUUAAGUCGCUCUGGAACCAGGCGUGCUCGAGCGCCAACAACGCCCUGCUAUCCCGAGGCAAAUCUAGUGCUUUCCUAGCCAAGCACGGAGCUCCGCGUGAGAGGACCGAGUUUGAGGUUGAGGAUCCCGCGCCGAAGGAGCAGCAGGUCAAGGACUGGAUGUGGCUCACUGGCCUCCUUGUCACGCUGGUGGUGGGCAUGCUCAUCUUCCACUUCCUCUGGGAGAUGCACCCCGGCUUGACCAUCUUGUCUUUCCUCCUUUCCUUCCUCUUCUCGUUCCUUGCCAUCCAGAUCGGCGCCGUCACCGACAACACGCCCCUCACCGCCGCCUCCAAGGCAUCGCAGCUCAUCUUUGGCGCUGCCACCUCACACUCGGGCUACACGGUCCAGCACGCCCAGAAACUCAACCUCGUCGCCGGCGGUCUUGCGUCAGGUGGCGCUGAAGUAGCUAAUGCUCUCGUGAGCGAUUUCCGAACCGGUUUCCUGCUUGGCACCCCUCCGAUCAAGCAGUUCAUUGCGCAGGCCUGCGGAACCUUUGUCGCCGUGUGGCUUGCUCCUGGUCUUUUUGUGCUCUUCACAUCGGCAUACCCGUGCAUCUAUGAUCCUUCCAUUGAGCACUGCCCCUUCCAGGUCCCGUCGGUGACGGCGUGGGCAGCGGUCGCUCAGGCCGUCACAGACCCCAACGUCAAGAUUCCCCUCAAGAGCGGAAUCUUCUCCAUUGUUAUGGGCGCCGUCUCAGUCAUCCAGGUGAUCAUCCGUCACUACUAUUUGGUUGGUGAGCGCGAGAAAUACCGCAAGUGGCUGCCUAACUGGGGUGCAAUUGCGCUUUCCUGGGUCAUUCCCGCUACUGUUUACGGCACUGCUGCGCUUCUUGGCGCCAUCAUUGCCGCACUCUGGAGGAAGUGGGACAUGAGGACCUGGGACAUCUAUGGCUAUGCCCUUGCUGCCGGUCUCAUUGCUGGCGAAGGCCUUGGCGGAGUUGUUGGCGCCGUUCUCACACUGGCUGGCGUAGACGGUGCCGUAAAGGGCACCAACAUUGCCUGCCCGAUGCUUCAGUGCUAA